AUGGACCAGUACAGAGACAUGCACCAGCGGAUGCUCAUGCACCAGCAGCUAGGGGAGCAGGCAUCAGCAGAGGUCAGGCAGCUGUGCUCAACAAAUACCGGCGCUUUGUCUUCAAACCAUAUCGCCCAACCUUUAAAAGGUUCUCUAGUGUCAAAGAGAAUUGACCUCACAACGAAAGGAGCAGAGAAACCAGCUGAGGGAAAGCUCAUUCAGUCUCCUUCUAGAGACAGUCGAAUCAGGGGACAUGUCUCCAGUCCGGUCUUCAGCCAUCCACAUGGUGUGAAGGUCAUUCAGCCUGGUGGUCCAGAGCCCUUUCCAGUUUACCAAGACCUGCCAACUUUCCCAUUGCAGUUUACCGGACAUCUCCCUUAUCACAAAAUGGCUACUACACAGGUUCAGGUUCCAUUGGAGUCUAGCCUUGGACACAGAAGUAAACUUUCUCAUUCUCAAGGAGGAGGAAGCAACCCCAAACCUGACACUCCACACCUGCACCACGCCACAUCCACAGACUACUCCCAUAUUUCCCGAAUGCCAGGGGACACAAUCUCCCCCUCUUACCAGUCCCCAAUGUCUUCACCAAUAAUGUCACCGAUCGGCUUCAACCACAAACAGGAGGCUUCUGUCGUCAAACAAGCUCCUACUCAUCUGCACAGUUCUUCACCCGCUGUUCCUCGCAGUCCAGUCCAGCCACACCAAGACAUGAAGCAGGAGCUAACCGGACACCGCUCCUUUGACAUGAUGCAGCUACUGACGCGAUAUCCAAUUGUGUGGCAAGGGCUUUUGGCUCUUAAAAAUGAUCAGGCUGCAGUUCAGCUGCACUUUGUGUCCGGGAACACAGUCCUGGCCCAGCGCUCGCUGCCUCCUCCCGAAGGAGCACCUCUUCUUCGCAUUGUCCAGAGGAUGAGACUCGAGGCCUCACAGCUGGACAGUGUGGCUCGCAGAAUGACUGUGGAGAAUGACUACUGUUUGCUACUGGCUCUACCAUGUGGUCGAGACCAAGAAGAUGUCCUUAGUCAGACCCAUGCAUUGAAAACUGGAUUUAUUACCUAUCUUCAAGCAAAACAAGCAGCUGGAAUCAUCAAUGUCGCCAAUCCUGGCUCUAAUCAGCCGGCCUUUGUGGUGCAGAUCUUCCCUCCGUGUGAGUUCUCGGAGAGUCAUCUCUCUCUCCUGGCUCCGGAUCUACUCAACAGCAUUUCCAGCAUUUCCCCGCACCUCAUGAUUGUCAUUGCUUCGGUUUAA